AGCGCAGGCCGUAUUGGGUCAUAGACGCAGAGUUGCUGAAACUCUCCCCUUCUAACUGGAAACUACAUUACAGUGCUUGAUUUUGUUUGUGAUUUUUAACUAUAAAACAGUUAAAACCUCUGUAUUAAAAAAAAAAAAGGAACUGGAAAUGUCCCCAACGAGUUCGACAUCUGACCGGGAGACCGUGCAAGAACAGGUGGUCAGCGUGAUGGAAGAAAUGCAGAUUCUAGGUACAUUGGAUAAACUCGUCGCUGCCUCGGAGCACAUUUGCAUUGCUACUCCAUUGGGUACUGGUGACUUCCUGGCCGACUUACAACAAGCAUUUCGGCUCAAUGGCAUUGAAACGUGCAUCAAGAACGCUUUGGUAUUGUCUCGAAGACGUAAAAACAUUAAGGACGAACAGGAACAAUUGAAUUACAUGAGGAAAGCACAAACACACUUCGAACGUCGUGUCAGCAAAGCCCUCUUGAACCUCCAAACGGACUUGAAACUCUCCUUGGUUCGUCAACGGUCAUCGUCUGAGGCCCAAGAACUAUCGUCAAAAUGGGACGAACUCAGUACCUACGAUCAAGACGUCGGCUCCAUCCGCAAUCUGUACUCGUCCCAGGACCUCUACGAGGCGGUGGUGGCUCUCCGGGAUCCCGAUUACUCCAUUAACCGGUUGGAAGAGAAAUGGAGUGCAGUCAAGAUACCUUUAAAUGUACCGACCUUUGAGGAUCUGCAAGAGUUUUUUUCAGACAUUUGCACGAGUAUUGACCCCUUUCUGGGACUUGGCUCAGCUCUCGUACUUCAAGGCAAUUCAAAUGUGACCCUGCUAAACCACCGGAUCACCCUUGGAACAAAAGUGGUGGCCGAGAAUGACAUCCUGCUGUCGGAGGAAUUUAUUAAAGGCGGAUGUCCAUCUCAUCUACGCGGCCGUCUCUGGAAGCAAGUCCUUUUAUCUCACGUCGGGGAUAAAGAGAAGACCUAUUUCCAGGCUAAAAAACAAGCAGUCAUCCAAACAGAGUACUUGACGGACAAAAUCAUAAUGAAGGACAUUCAGCUAACGGCGUCGAGAGACGAGCAUUAUUUCGUUUACGAAGAUCUCAUCUACCAGGUGUCGCUCUGCUUUUCACGCGACCCUUACGUCUGCCUCCAAUUGUGUUCCAAAUUCGGGUCGAGGGCCCAGACAGCGACACGUUUCACUCCGCUUGAUGUUUCCAGUAAUGGCAGCAAGACUGGCACUGUAAGGGCCGAUGGCGAUGCUGCCGGUGGUCAAACUGUUGCCACGUCAGCUUUCCCGCCGUCCAGUUGCAUCCCUUUCUAUGGCUGGGCUAUGUACGUGGCUCCACUUUGCUACGUCCACGAAGAGGCCGAAGAUAUCUACUACACGUUGCGCGCCAUGUACAUCAAAUAUUGGUCACGAUUACAUCGAUUAUCAUCGCACGGACAGGGCAUUGUCUCGCUGGCUAUUCUGUUUGAACGACUUCUUCAACAGCAGGAACCCGAGCUCUGGAUUCACUGUCUUAAUAACAACAUUGAACCACUGAGAAUUGCCAUGCCGUGGAUGGUGCAAGCGUUUAGCGGCUUCCUCAUUCCUGAACAAUUGCUCUUCUUGUGGGAUCUCAUUUUGGGCUUUGAUUCUAUGCUCCUACUUCCGCUGUUAGCCGCCAGCGUCUUCAGCUUACGUCGAGAGAAUUUGCAUCGCAUUCUUUCACACGAUUCGGCAGAGACCAUCCUCUCCGACUUGUCCACCAUCCAGGUAGUGCCUCUACUCCAGAUGGCACUCACCCAACAAACCGGAUAACACCUGCAAAAACACAUCAAUCACAUUUCUGGAAUGAUUGUUAUGUCG